UCGCCGUUCUUUUACCCCUCCCGAGCCCGUGACCUACCGAACCCGACCCGGCCCGGAUCUAAAAUCUCUCUCUGCCAGCCAGCACGCGCCUGCCCUACAGCCGCCACCGACGCCUCGUCCCCGCCCCCUCCCACGGUCGCCGCCGCCGCCGCCGCCGUCGCCGUUCGUCGCGCCCCUGCCGUCUCCGCCCCGUCCGCGGCCUUCCCCCCCAUUGGGACUCGAGGACCUGAGUUGCUUCUAGCUGGGAAGGAUGAGCAAAGGCCCGGUUCCGUUCCCUAGCUUUGGGAAGAAAGCAAAAGAUCUCUUGUACAAGGACUACAAUUUUGACCAAAAGUUUUCAUGGUCAACAACUAGCGAAUCUGGUUUGGGUAUCACAGCCUCUGGUGUGAAGUUCGAUGAACUGUUCAUUGGUGACAUACGGGUACAACAUAAAAGUGGUAGAAAUACUGUUGAUGUCACAAUCGAUUGCGAUUCCAAAGUGUCAACAGCGGUCACUUUUGAUGAAGUAGUCCCUGGUUUGAAGACUUCUUUCGGCUUCAAGGUUCCUGAUCAAAAGUCAGGGAAGCUCGAUUUGCAAUACCUUCAUGAUCGCUUCGCACUGAAUUCAACCAUUGGCUUGACUUCGGCACCUGUGAUCGAGCUGGCAACAACUAUUGGCACAAACGAACUUGCUGUCGGUGCCGAGGUUGGAUUUGACAGUACUUCAGCUUCUGUUACCAAGUACAACUCAGGUGUCAGCUAUACCAAGGAUGAUUUUUCUGCCGCCUUACAAAUGGCUGACAAAGGCGAGACACUGAGAGCUUCCUACAUCCACCUGUUCAGCCCGAGCAGCGCAGUGGCGGCCGAGGUAACGCACAGGUUGAAAACAAAGGAGAACUACUUCACCAUCGGGAGCUCCCACGCGCUCGACCCCUCGACGACGCUCAAGACGAGGUUCAGCAACAGCGGGAAGGCCGGGCUCCUCUGCCGGCACGAGUGGAGGCCCAAGUCGUACGUGACCCUCUCGGCCGAGUACGACCCCAAGGUGGUGAGCUCGCCGUCAAGGUUCGGCGUGGCCGUGGCCCUCAGCCCCUGAUCACCCGCCCGCCCGCUUCUCCUCCCUGUACAACAGCGCCAGCGUUAAGCACGCCGCUCCGCUCGUAUAUGUCCGAGCCAUACUCGCCGAUGAUUCUUUUUGGUCUCUCUCUUUUUGGGUGACAACAGUAUUGGUAUUGGCCCACGGAAACCUUGUCUAGGAGUUGGGCUCAUUUUUGCGGGAUUCCUCCGAUUAGCCUGCCGGCCGGCCGGCGAAGUUACGGGCCGGGAACUGGAAAUAUACAGAGGUUUUGUAUUAGGCAUGCGCUUUGGCCGCCCCAUGCGAUGAAAUUCUGACUUGGUGCUCGGGUUUGCUCGAAAA